AAAAGGGGGGGGGGGGGGUCCGGGGGGGGGUCCUCACUGCCGCCCCAAUGUGUCCCCUAAUCUGGGGGGGGGUCGGGUGGGACACACACACACACACACACACACACACACACACGCGCGCGCGCGCACGCACACAGGCGAUAAAAUACAUCUGCAAUUAAAACUAUCUCGUUAGCAAACGGCUCUAUGUAAUAUCUCUCUCUUUAUAGGUCUGUACACUCUGCCCGGGACCCCCGAUACGACCCCCACCCCUCCAGGUGGAGCCCCCCACCCCCACCCCCCACCUUCCACUCCCCUCCCCAUCGCCCCAUGGUGAGCAGGAGGCACUUCGCUCCAUGGGACGUGUUGGUGACCCCCGGGAUUCAGAGAUGGGUUCUGACAGGGGGGGAGGGGGGGAAGGGUCUGGAAGGGUCACGAGGUGGGGGGGGGGGCUCAUAUGGGACCAAAUGGACCAGGAGGUGGUGGUGGGUUUUCAUAUGGGACUGGGAGAUGGUGAUGGGGGCUCAUAUGGGACCAUAUGGGCCAGGAGAUGGUGGUGGGUUCUCAUAUGGGACCAUAUGGACCAGGAGAUGGUGGUGGGUUCUCAUAUGGGACCAGAAGAUGGUGGUAAGGGCUCAUAUGGGACCAUAUGGACCGGGAGGUGGUGGUGGGCUCUCAUAUGGGACCAGAAGAUAGUGGUGGGGGCUCAUAUGGGACCAUAUGGACCAGGAGAUGGUGGUGGGUUCUCAUAUAGGACCAUAUGGACCAGGAGAUGGUGGUGGGGGCUCAUAUAGGACCAUAUGGACCAGGAGGUGGUGGUGGGUUCUCAUAUGGGACCAUAUGGACCAGGAGGUGGUGGUGGGUUCUCAUAUGGGACCAGCAGAUGGUGUUGGGGGCUCAUAUGGAACCAUAUGGACUGGGAGGUGAUGGUGGGUUUUCAUAUGGGGCCAGGAGAUGGUGGUGGGGGCUCAUAUGGGACCAAAUGGACCCGGAGAUCAUAGUGGGUUUCCAUAUGGGACCAUAUGGACCAGGAGGUGGUGGUGGGUUCCCAUUUGGGACCGGCAGAUGGUGUUGAGGGCUCAUAUGGGACCAGAAGGACCAGGAGAUGGCAGUGGGUUCCCAUAUGGGGCCAUACGGACCAAAAGGUGGUGGUGGAUUCCCAUUUAGGACCAGAAGGUGGUGGUGGCUCCCAUAUGGCUCCAGUAGCACCAGGAGAUGGUGGUGGAGGCUCAUAUUGGACUGUAAGGACCAGGAAAUGGUGGUGGCUCCUCAUAUGGGACCAAAAGGACCUGGAGAUGGCAGUGGGUUCCCAUAUGAGACCAUAAGGACCAGGAGAUGGUGGUGGGGGCUCAUAUAGGACCUUACGGACCAGGAGAUGGUGGUGAGGGCUCAUAUGGGACCAUACGGACCAGGAGAUGGCAGUGGGUUCCCAUAUGGGACCAUACGGACCAGGAGAUGGCAGUGGGUUCCCAUAUGGGGCCAUACGGACCAGGAGAUGGUGGUGGAUUCCCAUUUAGGGCCAGAAGGUGGUGGUGGGUCCCAUAUAGCUCCAGUAGCACCAGGAGAUGGUGUUGGGGGCUCAUAUUGGACUAUAAGGACCAGCAGAUGGUGUUGAGGGCUCAUAUGGGACUAUAAGGACCAGGAAAUGGUGGUGGGUCCUCAUAUGGGACCAAAAGGACCUGGAGAUGGCAGUGGGUUCCCAUAUGAGACCAUAAGGACCAGGAGAUGGUGGUGGGGGCUCAUAUGAGACCAUAAGGACCAGAAGGAGGUGGUGGGUUCCAUAGGGCUCCAGUAGGACCAGGAGAUAUUGGGCACUGAGAUGGGUCCAGAAGGACCGGGAGAUGUUGGGGGACCGUACGGGACUGUAAGAACCGGGAGGAGGUGAUGGGUUCCCAUAUUGGUCCAGAAGGUCCAGAAGAUGGUGGUGGGUUCCAAGGUGGGUCCAGAAUAUGGGUUCUGAGAUGGAUCCAGAAGGAGCGGGAGAUGGUGGGCGUCCAUACAGAACCGUAAGGACCAGCAGAGGACAGCGGGUUCUCGUAUGGGCCCAGAAGGAGUGGGAGGAGAUGGUGGGUUCCUAUGUGGGUCCAGAAGGUCCAGGAGAUGGUGGGUUCCAAGAUGGCCCCUGAAGGACUGGGAGGAGAUGGUGGAUGAGUCCAGAAGGAUCGCGAGGUGGUGGAUGCCCGUAUGGGUCCCACAGGUGGAGAUGGGUCCUUCAGGUCCCACCGGUGGUGCCACAGAUCCUACUGGGGAUCCCAUGGGUGGAGAUGUGUCCUUCAGAUCCUACUGGUGGUCCUACAGGAAGAGAUGGGUCCUUCAGAUCCUAUUGGUGGUCCCACACGUGGAGAUGUGUCCUUCAGAUCCUAUUGGUGGUCCUACAGGUGGAGAUGUGUCCUUCAGAUCCUAUUGGUGGUUCUAUGGGUAGAGAUGUGUCCUUCAGAUCCUAUUGGUGGUCCCACAGGUGGAGAUUUGUCCUUCAGAUCCCACUGGUGGUGCCACAGAUCCUAUUGGUGGUCCCACAGGUGGAGAUGUGUCCUUCAGAUCCUAUUGGUGGUCCUACAGGAAGAGAUGGGUCCUUCAGAUCCUACUGGCUGUCCCACAGGUCCUUCAGAUCCUAUUGGUGGUCCUAUGGGUGGAGAUGUGCCCUUCAGAUCCUACUGGUGGUCCCACAGGUCCUUCAGAUCCUAUUGGUGGUCCCACACAUGGAGAUGUGUCCUUCAGAUCCUAUUGGUGGUCCCACACGUGGAGAUGUGUCCUUCAGAUCCUAUUGGUGGUUCUAUGGGUAGAGAUGUGUCCUUCAGAUCCUAUUGGUGGUCCCACAGGUGGAGAUUUGUCCUUCAGAUCCCACUGGUGGUGCCACAGAUCCUAUUGGGGAUCCCAUGGGUGGAGAUGUGUCCUUCAGAUCCUAUUGGUGGUCCCACACGUGGAGAUGUGUCCUUCAGAUCCUAUUGGUGGUUCUAUGGGUAGAGAUGUGUCCUUCAGAUCCUACUGGUGGUCCCACAGGUGGAGAUUUGUCCUUCAGAUCCCACUGGUGGUGCCACAGAUCCUAUUGGGGAUCCCAUGGGUGGAGAUGUGUCCUUCAGAUCCUAUUGGUGGUCCUACAGGUAGAGAUGGGUCCUUCAAAUCCUACUGGUGGUCCCACAGGUCCUUCAGAUCCUAUUGGUGGUCCCACAGGUGGAGAUGUGUCCUUCAGAUCCCACUGGUGGUACCACACAUCCUCAGAUCCCACUGGUGGUCCCACAUGUCCUUCAGACUCCACUGGUGGUCCCAGACGUCCUUCAGACCCCACUGAUGGUCCCACACGUCCUUCAGACCCCACUGGUGGUCCCAGACGUCCUUCAGACCCCACUGAUGGUCCCACACGUCCUUCAGACCCCACUGGUGGUCCCAGACGUCCUUCAGACCCCACUGAUGGUCCCACACGUCCUUCAGACCCCACUGGUGGUCCCAGACGUCCUUCAGACCCCACUGAUGGUCCCACACGUCCUUCAGACCCCUCUGAUGGUCCCACACGUCCUUCAGACCCCACUGAUGGUCCCACGUGUCCUUCAGGAGCUGACGGUGACACCACAUCACCCGCUGCUUCUCCAAGGAACGGCCACCAAGACGGGACAAGACCAGCCUGCCCAGUUCCCCCAAUGCCCCCAGUGACGUCCGCGUGUCCCUCCUGUCCCCAAAGUUCCACCCCAUCCCCCCCCAGGAGGUCUUCCCCACCCCUCUCCGCCGUCCCCGUCCCCGCCGUCACCCCAAAGUCCUCCAGGUGGACACCCACCCCCCAGAAGGUUCCGGUCCCACCGUCCCUCCGGUGGGGGGCGGGGAGUGGGGUGCGGGGCGAGAAUUUGGGGGGGGCUGUGGGGGGGGAUGGGUGGGGGGUGGGAAAGGGGACGGUCGUGGGGUGA